AGAUACAGAAGUAGUUUGUGAUUCGGGUUUAGAAUAUCCAAUUAUCAUUUAUGAGAUUGCAAAAAAAUUGGGUUUGAAAAAAGAUAAAAGUUUACCCAAUAUUAUUGAUAAAGCUAUAUCUCAUAUCAUUAAACAGAUAUUGAAUAAAAAAAAUUCAGAUUUCUCUCUGCCAAUUACUAUAGAUAGUGAAACCCAAAAUUUAGCAAGAUAUUAUAAACUUGAUAAUGAACUCUGA